AUCCAAAUGAACCAAUUCAGAGAGAUUAGUUUUUCCAGUCUAGCAAAAUUAUCUGAAAGAGAAAGCGAGAUUAAUGAGAGUGAAAGCAUCCCAGAAUCAUUAAAGCAAGACCUAAAGCCUAUUAUAAAGGAACUAAAUGGAAUAGAAACAUGAUGUAAACAUCUUAAGGAAUUUGUGCAACACAAAGAUCAAGAUGAGGCUACAUAUGAACAGAAACAGCAGGUUACUGAGUUUAUUGAUGAGAUAAUAUCCAGAUGCAAUAAUCUCAACAAUAGAAUAACAAGGAGAACUACAUUUUAUGAAUGAAACAGAGUCUUGCAAAAAAUCAUUGAAGAUUUAGAAGAGAAUCAACAAUGUCAAAAAUUUGGAUUCAAAUAAGUUAUUGGCUUUUUAUCUCGAGAAUAAAUAUGAAGAAGUACCCGAGCUUAAAGAGAAAAAUAGAGACAAAAAACAUAAAAUUAUAAACCUUAGAGAAACGUUAAAAGCUUCAUAUAAAAUGCUUGGAGAAAUUAAUGAAAACAAUUUUAAAGACAAAGUUAGAUGAAUUAAAAACCUGAUGAAAUAAACAGCAACAAAGAGGACCUUCAAUGACUGGAGGGCGUACUGACCCUGUGAAUGAUUCUAAAAUCCGAUAUGCCUCCUCCUCAAAGUUCCCAAAUACAGUAUCUAAAACAUCAGAAAAGAGAAGAAAAAUAAAAGAACAUGUCAAGUUUGAAGAAGAAAAAGAUGCAAAUAUGAGCAGUUAUGAUAUGAGUAUUCAGAAGAGAGAAAACUCGUCAAAAUUAGCAACAAACCACUCAGCUUCAAUAAGAAAAGAAAAUCCGAGUCAUCCUAAAGAAUUACCGCAUCCAUCUAAUUCAUCACAAAAUAUCAAGAACAACAUCGAAGAAUCAACAGAAGAAGAAUAUUAUUCCUGCACAAGCUCUUCAAAUGAAAAGUAAGACUUAUAAUUGUUUUGCUUAAAAACUCAACUGUGGACCUCUGAGUUGGCCAAAUAUAUAGUGAAGAGAAUCCAAACGUAUAUACUACAAAUGAAAAUCAAAGUAUUUCUGCAUCUUCUUUUUCUUCGAAAGUAUUUUCAAAAAUAAGAUAUUUAGAAUGAAAUGAAAAAUAAAUCAAAUUUUGAUAUACCAGAAAUAUCUGGAGAGUCAAUCUCCAGAGGUAAUGCUUCAGUUUCUCUCCGCAUGUCUGAUCCUGAGCAUCAAGAAUAUUUCAGAACUUGAGAUAAGCAAUUACCAGAUCUAAGAUACUGAGAGCUACAGUUGAGCAAUGAAGAGAACGAAGAUUUUGAGAAUUUUGUUCUAACCUAUCUUCCAGGAAGGAUUGAUCAUUGCAAGUGGAUUGCAGAAGAUCUCUCAGGCUAUACUCCCAUUCUUAGACAUUAUGAAUUAGUAAUAAUGACAAACUUAAGAGUGCAAAAUACCCUAAAAAUUGAGAGUUUAAGCUUUACUCAAGAGCAAUUAGAAGAUAUUUUAAUCAAUAAACCAUUUAACGUACCAGAAGUUAUAUUCUCGUCUUGCUUGUUUUACAUUAAUGAAGCUGAAGUGAUGGCUAAUAUAAUAAAGGAUUGCUAAGAAACAACAGAAACAAAGAACUUAAAAAUAGAAGAAACCUGCAAAUUUAAAAUUCUUGAUGAAAGCAACCCAAAUGGCUCAGAAAUCUCUCUGCAUGACUUUAUGCUCCGUACCCAGCUGCGCUCAUAUCUUCACCACGCUAAACUCUACUGAAGGCAAUAUCAGCAUGCAAAACAUUCCUAAGAGCGCCUGAAAUUUUUUAAUUCAAAUUUUCAAUC